AUGGCGGAGUCCACCCACGAUCACCUCUUCAAGCUGCUCAUCAUCGGCGACUCGGGAGUUGGGAAGUCCUCCAUCCUGCUCCGGUUCUGCGACGAUGAGUUCAACGAGAAGCAGGCGUCCACCAUUGGCGUCGAUUUCAAGACCAAGUUCUUACAAGUCAGGGGCAAGAAGCUCAAGCUUGCACUUUGGGACACUGCAGGGCAGGAGCGCUUCCGAACCCUCACUUCCUCGUACUAUCGAGGAGCCCAGGGAAUCAUCCUUUGCUACGACUGCACCCAACGGAGCAGUUUCGAGCACGUGAAGUUCUGGCAGGACGAGGUCAGGAAGUACUCCACCAACCAGGAUGCUAUCUUGAUGCUCGUCUCCAACAAGGUCGACCUGGCUGACCAGCAGGUAACCCGAACUGAGGGCGAGGAGUUCGCAUUUGCCAACUCGAUGAUGUUCAUUGAGACUAGCGCUAAAACCAGACACAAGAAAAACAUUCGUUUCAUGCUGGCUCGACGGACACUGGUGAGUGCAAUGGCCACAGUCCUUGCGUUCUUGACGAAGCCUCCGGCCAUCUGCCCUCGCGUGUUCCCCGCUGUCCGUCGUUUCGGAGGAAAGUCUGCGGAAACGGCCCCUGCAGUCUUCCUGGUACGCCACGGAGAGUCCACCUGGAACCUUGCGGCCAAACGACUGGACCUCUGGACGAUGUUCCGCCAGGUGGACCAUGCCUUGACCACCGAGGGUGUCGAACAGGCAUCCAGGCUGAGGUCCUCAACAUUGACGGCCCGGCGUAAUGGAGACCUCGAUGCAGAGCAGUUUCUGUCCCCGCAAAGCCUGGUCUUUGCGUCGCCACUGUCCCGUGCUGUGGCCACGAGCAUCGUGGCGCUGGGCUUGGAGAGGAAGAUCACUCUUUUGCCGGACGCGAGGGAGCUGGCCUACCCGUGGUGCGGGCCGGAUUCCAUCGGAGCAGCUACUGGAAGCGACAUCGCCGAAAGGGCACUUCAAGAUCUUUCUAAGGUGGAUUCUGCAUAUUGCCAACCACCGAUGGCCGAGGCAGCAGCGAAGAUGAUUGACGCAUCGGCAGCCACCGGCAUUUGGUGGAGCCGCUUCCGGGAGUCCAAGGGCCAGAUGCAGCAGAGGCUUCAAAACUUGUUGAGCAGACUUCGGCCUGCCGACAGUCCUUCACCGGCCAGUGUGUUGGUGUGCCACAGCUUGUUGAUCCAGCGUCUUUUCAAAGACUUUGCAUCACCGCGGAUGGAGGUGGACAUGCCAGAAUUACUCUCCCAGCUGCGGGCAAGGAAACUGCAGAACUGUGGCGUGGUGAAAGUCCUGCUCGACGACAACAGAUUAAUAAGCGGUGCCCAGCUCAUGUUCGGCACCAAGCUCGUGUAG